CUAAUAGAUUCUUGAAGUAAAAGUGAGGGAUAGAAAUAUCUCACGUUCUCGUUUCAAAAGAGAUCUUUAUAUCAGCUUUUGUGUUGUGUGCCUAUAUAAAUCACAUCACAAGUCACAUGCAUCUUGCUUUCUCUCACUAACUAUUCUUCUUCUCUCCGAUCAUCACCUUGCCGAUUCAUAUCAAUCCUUGGAUCUGUUCUUAUCAGAUUCGUCGCAGAGAAGCAAGAUUGAGAGGGAGAGAAUGGGGCGUGGAGUUAGUGCAGGUGGAGGGCAGAGUUCUUUGGGAUAUCUUUUUGGGAGCGGAGAGGCGCCAAAGCCAGCCGUUAACAGCGCCUCAGCUGAAACUCAGCCCCCUCCUCCAUCUACUACACGACCUAAAACCGUUGCUCCAAAACCUGUUGACAUUACCAAACAAGGCCCAGCUGGUCUUAAUAGCAACUCUGCAAACAAUUACAUGCGCGCUGAUGGACAGAACUCUGGCAACUUCCUCACGGACCGGCCUUCUACCAAGGUUCACUCAGCUCCAGGAGGUGGCUCGUCUCUGAAUUACCUCUUUGGUGGUGGCAGCAGCAACUAGCAAAUGAGUACAACUGUGUCACUCUCUAUCUUCUUAUCACCAAGUCCUCCACUCAUUCUUGUUCCCUGGGAAAAGCUGUUUUUAUGAUGUCUAAAUAUUCGUAUAUGUAUGUGUUUCAUAUGUUGUAUUUCGUAUUUCAAAAAUAACACUGGUGAUGAUAUAUAUACCACAUUUCUAGGUUUCCAUGA